AACCCUCAAGUCUUCUGAAGUCUAAACCAGUACACACACGCACGCCUCCUCUGUCUCUCUCUUUCCCUCACGCCGGUAUUCUCUGACCCCUUCCUCACGACCAUCGGCGUCGACUGGAAAUGAAGCGUGAAAGUUGAGCCGCUGAAGCACACACCACGACCACGCCACCCUCCCCGUUCCUCUCCCUGUCUGCGUUUCUCUUUCGCCGGUGAGAAGCAAGAACCCUCAGACCUCCGUUUGUGUCUCUGUCUUUAUCUCCGUUGUAAAUUUAUUCGUUGAGGUGAUUAAACCGACGCCGUUUCGUGAGACCUUAUUAUUCUCUUGUGGGUGUAGAAGAAGAGGAUAAAAGCCCGUCACUCUAGUCGACAGGGAAAAUUCUCGUCACAGUUGAUAAGAUAACAAUGGAGGUUUCUUCUGCGAUUUUACAGCCUUCAUGUUUCUUCUUAUCACGAGCUCCUAAAGCUCCCAUGAGUCCCCGCAUGCUUUCUCCUUCUUUGCUCGGGAACUCCGCUCCAAGCGCUUCUUUCUAUUCCAUAAGCUUGAAAGGUACUCAUUCUCUAGCUAAACCAAUCAAGCUAGGACAUUCCAAGUCCUUUUUUGCUUGUGCUGUUGCUGAUGACACAAGUCACACAACCAAAGCGAUGCCAAGUAAUUGUAGUGGAGAAAAGGCAUCAGUUUCCGAUUCUUUUGAUUCCUCAUCAGUUCAAAAAAUAAGAAAUGAUGAAGAUGAAGAAGAAAAAUGUAGUGUUGGGAGUUUGGAUGACCAGAAAAUGAUUCGAGUCUGUGACAAGCUGAUUGAGGUUUUCUUAGUAGACAAACCCACUCCAACUGACUGGAGAAGGUUAUUAGCUUUUAGUAAGGAAUGGGACAGCAUCCGGCCACAUUUCUACAGGAGAUGUCAAGAGCGAGCAGAUAGUGGAGAUAAUCAUGGGAUGAAGCAUAAAAUACUUAGGCUAUGCCGGAAACUUAAAGAGGUUGAUGAAGAUGUUCAAAGACACAAUGAACUUCUCAGAGUAAUUAGAUUAGCACCUUCAGAAUUAAGUGAUAUUGUUGCUAGGCGUCGCAAAGAUUUCACAAAAGAAUUUUUUGUUCAUCUUCACACAGUAGCUGAAUCCUAUUAUGACAAUGAAACAAAGCAAAGUGUUUUAGCAGAGCUUGGGAAUACAUGCUUGGCUGCAGUACAAGCUUAUGAUGCUGCAAAUGAAAGCAUUGAAGCACUGAACAAUGCAGAGCUGAAAUUACAAGAUAUUAUCAACUCUCCUUCUGUAGAUGCUGCUUGUAGGAAGAUAGACAAUUUAGCUGCAAAAAAUCAGCUUGACUCAGCAUUGGUGUUGAUGAUCACAAAAGCUUGGUCAGCAGCCAAGGAGUCAAACAUGAUGAAAGACGAGGUUAAAGACGUUUUAUAUCACUUGUAUAUGACUGCAAGAGGUAAUCUUCAAAGGCUGGUGCCGAAGGAGAUUCGAAUAUUGAAGUAUCUUCUAACAAUUGAGGAUCCUGACGAGAGAUUAUCUACAUUGAAUGAUGCUUUUACUCCAGGAGAAGAACUUGAAGGAAAGGAUAUUGACUGCUUGUACACGACGCCAGAGCAACUUCAUACCUGGAUUAAGGCUAUCAUUGAUGCAUAUCAUUUGAGCAGUGAAGGCACUCUCAUUAGAGAAGCUAGGGACCUGAUGAAUCCAAAGAUCAUUCAGAAACUCGAGGAGUUAAAAUGGGUGGUGGAGAAUAAGUUCAUGUGACAGAUAUCUUAUACCACUUGUAUAUAUGUCCAACAUUUCCCAUCAAAUAAUGGUAUAGUGAUUCUAGACCCAAGAUAAGAUCAUAUGCCUAGUAUUCAAGAUAUUAAGUCACUGAUCAUAGUUGAUUAGGUGCAUAAAAGCUACAUUGGAUUUUUAAGUGUGGAGUUUUGUCUCAGAAAUUUUGAUAUAUAUUGGCAAAUUUUUGGGGGA